GUUUACAAAUGUGUGAUACUUAAGUAGCGAUGUCGGACUUUUCCGCCAUUUUGUUUCCCCCUUCUGACGUAAUUGAAUAUAACACCAUGAAAAUGCUGGAUUUCAUAUUUAAUAUGGCCUACCCAGUUCGUUUCAAUAUCAUAAUUCAAUAGAAUACUAUUUGAUUUACAUGUUUGAACAAUUUGAUCGUGCAUUAUUUUCGAAAUCGAUGAGAAAUCGAUCGUUAAAAUGGGUCACUUCCGGGUUUUCAAGUUUUCAUGGGCGCGGCCAUUUUCAAUAUCUCGUGACAGGUGGGUUGUUAGAAUGGAUCUCACGAGACUUUCGGUUGACCAAUCGUAAUGGUUUAUACAUCAAAAGAGAGAAGAAAGACAUUCUGAUUGGUUUAGGUCGUGUUUUUGAGGCGCCAAAGCAUAUUUUGCACCAAAAUUCUGGCUUGAAAAUUGAGAUUGGUAUGUUUCAAGACACCCAUGACUCGUCUCCCAGUAACAGUGAGCAAUUUGACGCUGAAGCAGAUCUUUUUUCUAGUUCUAGUUCUGAGUCUUCUUUUACGCCAAGCCCAGUGUUUAAAAGAAGACGUUAUUUGACUGAGAAGAACUCCUUUCCAGACUUUAAAGACCCGGCAUUGUCAGGUUCAUCAGAGCAUUUGGAAGACGACAUACUUACAGAUUUGGAAGACGACAUACUUACAGACCAGGUUCCUUCUUUUCCUGCCUGGUUCAAUAUUAUUUAUGAUGAUGACCCAGCUGUAUACACUUACCAUCGACUAGAUUCAGAUGAGGAAAAUGCUGAUCUUCAAAUACUGGUUUAGAUAUUUGCUUGGUUUCCUAUGGUAUUUGUAUUGAAGUGUUAAUUACAAAUACAUUAAGUGUUUGUAAAAUAUGAAAAACAAAAUCAUCAAGGAAAGGCGGUGCGGUGUUCAAUGAAAACAGAAGACAAUUAAUUAAUAGGCUUUUGAAAGUUUUCUGGGGUGUAGGGGAAGACUUAUGAGAAACAUACUGGAAGGAAACCAUGCAAAUGUGAAUAUUCUCUAGCAACAGACUUAAAAUAAAGCCUGAAGUUUGAAGACAAAAAUUGUAAAUUCGACUAUCACAUGUAAAGAACUGAGAAAAUUGGAAAGAGAUUUAUAUGUGAAUUCUAACUGUGUUUACUCAUAUAUGGCUGAAAGUGAUUUAAAUUUCCAUGUGAGAAUACAUACAGAAGAAAAGUUACAGUAGGAUAUUGGUUUUACUUAUUCAGUAGAAACAGUCUGCUACAUGUAUAUGUAACUCCCAAAUACAUAUCUGACGAUCUGUUUGAUCACGCUUGGGGUAAUAUAUUUGGGCUGACAAAAAGUCCUAUCAUCUGGACAGCAAAGUGUUAAAUGUCAAUAUUGAAUGUGCAUGUGAAAUUGGAAAUUAAAAAUGAAGUGUAAGUGUUGAAAAUGGAAAAUUUGAGUUUUGAAUGAAAGAUUAUAAGGUUUAAACAUUAUUACAGAAAUUCGGCAGAAAUUUUCAGGUUUUUUCAUUUUUUCAAAAAUUUCAAAAUCAAUUUUCUCCGUAACUAUAAAAGAUAUCUCAUUGAAAUAAGCACAGUUUUGUUGCAUUUUUAAAGACCUUUAAUUUGAUGUAUAACACUCUAUGGUUUUAUGAAGUUUUGAAAAAUGUCCGACAUCAC